CUCUCUGUCUGUCUGCUGACCUCACACUUUUUCCUCCCGCGUUCAUCAACCCCUGUUUUCAUCAACCCAAUGCAUACACGUAGACGAUAAACGCGACCCGUUGACUUCGUGGAAUACUUCAUUUCUUAGCGACAGACUCAGAAUGGAUUGUUUCCCAUGAUUUAUGUCGUCUGAAGGAUUAUGCGAACCUGUUUUAUGGUUAAAGAGUAAAAGAAAAACACACGUUGACGAAGGACGCUUAUGAGGCUCCGAAAGUGAAGAGAAAAAAUAAUACAAACCAAAAGAUGGACCUGAAGCUGUUUUUUGUAUCAACAUUGUUAGGAAUCAUUUGUAGCAGCAGUGCCCAGCAAGAGGGCAAUGAGUGCAUCAAAGCCAAUGCUUUAUCAUGUGGAGAGUGCAUACAAGUGGGUACUAAAUGCGGGUGGUGCACUGAUGGAGAGUUCUUAAAACAGGGAGAACCAACAUCAGCCCGCUGUGAUGAGCUUGAGUCCCUCAAGAAGAGAGGCUGUGAAGCCACCAAGAUCGAGAACCCUCGUGGGAGCCAAAGGAUCCUCAAGAACAAGGCAGUGACCAACCGCAAGAAAGGCGCAGAGAAGCUCCGACCCGAAGAUAUCACACAGAUCCAGCCACAGAAACUGAGCCUCGAUCUUAGAUCUGGGGAGCCUCAAAACAUUAAACUGAAAUUCAAGAGGGCUGAAGAUUAUCCCAUAGACCUGUACUACCUUAUGGACCUGUCCUUCUCCAUGAAGGAUGACCUGGAGAAUGUCAAAAACCUUGGGACUAGUUUGAUGUUAGAGAUGUCCAAGAUUACUUCAGAUUUCAGAAUUGGUUUUGGCUCUUUCGUGGAGAAGACCGUUAUGCCGUAUAUUAGCACCACACCAGCCAAGCUUUUGAACCCCUGCACAGGGGACCAAAACUGCACCAGCCCCUUCAGCUACAAAAAUGUGCUGAAACUCACCAGCAACGGGAAACAGUUCAACACUCUAGUCGGUCAGCAGCAGAUAUCGGGUAAUCUUGACUCUCCUGAGGGGGGAUUUGAUGCCAUAAUGCAAGUGGCUGUCUGUGGGGACCACAUUGGCUGGAGAAACGUCACACGCUUGUUGGUAUUCUCCACUGACGCAGGCUUCCAUUUUGCCGGAGAUGGCAAACUUGGUGGAAUCGUUCUUCCCAAUGAUGGGAAAUGUCACCUGGAAAACAACAUGUACACAAUGAGCCAUUAUUACGAUUACCCUUCAAUUGCCCAUCUGGUUCAGAAACUGAGUGAAAACAACAUCCAGACCAUUUUUGCAGUCACAGAGGAGUUUCAGCCCGUUUACAAAGAACUUAAAAACCUAAUUCCAAAGUCUGCAGUGGGCACAUUGUCAGCAAACUCCAGCAAUGUUAUCAAUCUUAUUAUUGAUGCCUACAAUUCUCUAUCCUCAGAGGUCAUCCUUGAAAACAGUAAGCUUCCUGAGGGAGUGACCAUCACCUAUCAGUCACGUUGUAAAAACAAAAUUGUAAGCGAUGGAGAAAAUGGAAGGAAAUGUUCCAACAUCUCUAUCGGAGACGAGGUAUCCUUCAACAUUAAUAUCACAGCUCAGGGCUGCCCCAAAAAAGGCAAAGCUGAAACCAUUAAGAUCAAGCCAUUGGGCUUUACAGAGGAAGUAGAGAUUAUGCUCAACUUCAUCUGUGAGUGUGACUGCCACAAGGAUGGCAUCAAGAACAGUGUUAUAUGCCAUAAUGGCAAUGGAACAUUUGAGUGUGGUGCCUGCAGGUGCAAUAAGGGACGUGUUGGCAGACAGUGCGAAUGUCGAAAAGAUGAGGUGUCCACCGAAGACCUGGACAAGAACUGCCGUAAGGACAAUGGCACGGACAUCUGCAGCAAUAAUGGCGAGUGCUUGUGUGGGACUUGUGAGUGCAAGAAGAGAGACAAUCCCGAAGAACGCUACAGCGGGAAGUAUUGCGAUUGUGACAACUUCAACUGCGACCGCUCAAACAACAAACUCUGCGGAGGACACGGCCACUGUGAGUGUAGGAAGUGUAUCUGUGAUGCCAACUACACUGGAAGUGCAUGUGACUGCUCGCUGGACACCUCAACCUGCUUGGCCUCUAACAAACAGAUCUGUAAUGGCAGAGGAAUUUGUGAGUGUGGCACCUGCAGGUGUACAGACCCCAAAUUCCAGGGACCCACCUGUGAGAUCUGCCCCACCUGCCCUGGAGUCUGUACUGAGCACAAGGAGUGCGUGCAGUGUCGGGCAUUUGGCACAGGAGAGAAGAAGGACACUUGUGAGAGGGACUGUAGCUACUUUAACCUCAUCAAGGUGAAGGACAGAGAUAAACUCCCUCAGCCUGUGCAGGCCUUCCCUCUCAUGCACUGUAAGGAGAGAGACACCAAUGACUGCUGGUUCUACUACACCUACGCUGUGAACAACAACACAGAGAAGGAAGUCCAUGUGGUGGAGAAUUUAGAGUGCCCGGCGGGUCCUGACAUCAUCCCCAUUGUGGCGGGCGUGGUCGCAGGCAUCGUUCUGAUUGGUCUAGCUCUGCUGCUGAUCUGGAAGCUGCUAAUGAUCAUUCACGACCGACGCGAGUUCGCCAAGUUUGAGAAAGAGAAGAUGAAUGCCAAAUGGGACACGACAGAGAAUCCAAUUUACAAGAGCCCUAUUAAUAAAUUCAAGAAUCCAAACUAUGGCCGUAAAGCUGUGGCUCUCUAAGGAGAGAAUCCCAUCUACAAGAGUGCUGUCACAACUGUGAUCAACCCCAAAUAUGAAGGCAAAUAAUGGACACCAAUAUCACACGCAGAGAUGUUUUGGAAGGGAUGGACGCAGGGAUAUCCUAAUAUUUCUUUUAAAAAAAGUAUUUUCUUUUAGAAGCAGUAUUGUAGCGCACUAUUAGGAAGCAGUAUUUUAUGAAGGACUGACUGCCUCUCCUCCCUUGCAAAACGUGUACAGUUUGUAUAGUCUUUUUUGUUUUUUUUGUUUUUUGUAUCUCUUCUACUGAACAACUUCUUUUAAAUCUUUUCACACAGACCAGAUAUUUGUGCCUUUGCACAUGUGUUACAACAUUUACAUUUAAGUUGCUGUGCGACGGGAUCCACGAAUCCCCAAAAUACUGCAAAAACAAAAACACACCAAAUGCCAUUUAAAGAAAUCAUAUUUAGUUGUUCAAUUGCUGCCUUCAUCCAAAAGUGCUUUAAAACACAUGCUGGUAUAGCUGGGAAAGUUUGCCGUUUUAUGCGGAUAAUCUAUGCAUAUUUAUUUACUAUCGCUGACAGUCUUGCAUUUCA